AUGGAAGAAAACUCGCCGACUGUUAGCUUGGUUUCAUGUAUGCAUUUUGUGCGACGAGGAGUUGCGAAAGCAGUUCCAGAGAAGAUAGAACUAACAGAGAAAGAAUUAGAGAAAAUAAUCAAACAAACUGCUGAUGAUUUGAGAUUAACAGAACAAGAAGAAGGUGAAAGUGAUGAAGAGGGUCCAAAUAAUGUUCGAGAACCUCCAGAGAAUCCUGAUGAUGAAUUCAAUUUUGAGCAAUAUGAUGAAGAAGAUACAACAAAUCCAAUUGGCAUUGGUACAGUAGCAACCCUGACAAACCUAGGAGAUCUCAGUGAGAAUGUUCAAAUCAGGACGGAAGGGCCAGACAGCGACGAAGAAGAUGACAUAAUCAAGGCAAAUGAUAAUCUUCUUCUAGUAGGUCACGUCGAAAGUGAUGCCAGCAUUUUGGAAGUAUACAUAUUCAAUAAAGAAGAGGGAUCAUUCUAUGUACAUCAUGACAUUAUUCUCCCUUGGUUUCCACUUUGUAUCGAAUGGCUAAGUCAUGAUCCAUCUGAUCCACAACCUGGAAACUUAUGUGCACUUGGUGGUAUGGACCCAGUGAUACAAGUCUGGGACAUAGAUAUAGAAAACUGCCUUGAACCAGCUUUCAAACUCGGCAAGAAACCAAACAAGAAGAAAAAAACCAAACGAAUCGGUCACAAGGAUGCCGUGUUAGAUCUCUCUUGGAAUAGGAAUUUCACUCACGUGUUAGCGAGCGGGUCCGCCGACAGUACGGUACUACUCUGGGACUUGGAUCAAGGCACGCCUCACACUAAGAUCGACUGUUUUCAGGAUAAAGUGCAGUCGUUGAGUUUUCACCCACGCGAGGCGCAAACGUUAUGUGCCGGCGCGUGCGAUGGUCUGGCGCGUGUUUUCGACUGCAGGACGCCCACAUCGCAUCGGGAAUGGUCCCUGGGGCCAGAGAUCGAACGCGUCGUCUGGGACGCGCAUAACCCCUUCUGUUUUGCCAUGAGUAACAAUGAAGGCAAAGUGGCGUAUGUUGACUGCAGACAGGACGAGCCGUUGUGGACGAUAGAUGCACAUGAAAAAGAAGUUACAGGGUUAAUCUUAAGCGAUCAAGUGCCUGGGCUAAUGAUCACAGUGAGCACCGAUGGCAAGUUGAAGACGUGGGACAUAACCAGCACUGGGCCGGUGCAGGUGAGCCAGCGCACGAACCGAACGGGGCAGUGUCUGUGCGCGGCCGCCUGUCCCGAGGAUCCGCUUUCUGUUGCGGUGGGCGGCGACAACAAGCAGUGCCACAUCGAACUAGUCGACCUCACCGCUAGCGAAGAAGUAACCAAUCGUUUUGGAUCACGCCAGCCGGUGACAGUUCCUAUGGUGGAAAGUGAAGAAAUGGAAACAUAG